CUCAUUCAUCGCCUUGGCAGCGAGAGAGCCGGAGGAGGAGGAGGAGGGAGGGUGGUGAGAGAGAGAGAUUAUUUAGGGAUCAAAACAGACAGGCUUGUCUUGACACCCGAGGGGAGGAAAAAAAAAAUGGGGAACUCCGACACCAAGCUGAACUUCAGGAAAGCCGUAAUACAGCUCACAACUAAAACGCAGCCUGUGGAGGCAACCGACGACGCCUUCUGGGACCAGUUUUGGGCUGACACGGCUACCUCAGUGCAGGAUGUGUUUGCCCUGGUGCCAGCAGCGGAGAUCCGAGCGGUUCGCGAGGAGUCUCCCUCAAACCUGGCAACCCUCUGCUACAAGGCAGUGGAGAAGCUGGUCCAGGGGGCAGACUCGGGCUGCCCCUCGGAGAAGGAGAAGCAGAUCGUGCUCAACUGCACCCGCCUGCUCACUCGCAUUCUGCCCUACAUCUUCGAGGACCCGGACUGGAGGGGCUUCUUCUGGUCCACUGUGCCAGGGGCUGGCCGAGCUGGGGCAGAUGAAGGAGAUGAUGAUAAUGCCCGGCCUCUGGCAGAGUCCCUCCUGCUGGCCAUCGCCGAUCUUCUCUUCUGCCCAGACUUCACUGUCCAGAGCCACAGGAAGGGAGGUCCAGACACUGCGGAGGACAUCCAGUCACUAGACAGUUGUGAGUACAUCUGGGAGGCUGGAGUAGGAUUUGCUCAAUCGCCACCGCUCAACUACAUCCAUGACCUCAACAGGACAGAGUUGCUGAAGUUGCUACUGACCUGUUUCUCCGAGGCCAUGUACCUCCCUCCUUCCUCCGAAAAUAACAUCCUGAACCCCUGGGUGACAUUCUUCUGUUCCACAGAUAACCGCCACGCCCUGCCUCUCUUCACCUCCCUGCUCAACGUGGUCUGCGCCUACGACCCAGUGGGCUACGGCAUCCCCUACAACCACCUGCUGUUCUCCGACUACCGCGAGCAGCUGGUGGAGCACGCCGUGCAAAUCCUCAUCGUCGCCCUGGAGCACGAGGGCGGCGUGGCGGCCAGCAGCCCCCCGCUCGAGGGGCCUAACUCCACCGCGGCCCUGGAGGACCAAGACCCUGUGGGACCUGACAACCUCUUUGUCAAUUACCUGUCCAGAAUUCACAGAGAAGAGGACUACCACUUCAUCCUGAAGGGGGUGGCCCGGCUGCUGACCAACCCCCUGAUCCAGACCUACCUGCCCAACUCCACCAAGAAGAUCCAGUUCCACCAGGAGCUGCUGGUGCUCUUCUGGAAGCUGUGCGAUUUCAACAAGAAAUUCCUGUUUUUCGUGCUGAAGAGCAGCGAUGUGCUGGAUGUGCUGGUGCCCAUCCUGUACUACCUGAAUGACGCCCGGGCUGACCAAUCCCGAGUGGGUCUGAUGCACAUUGGCGUCUUCAUCCUGCUGCUGCUGAGUGGGGAGAGGAAUUUUGGGGUCCGGCUCAACAAACCCUACUCAGUGCGUGUGCCCAUGGACAUCCCUGUCUUCACGGGCACCCAUGCCGAUCUGCUCAUUGUGGUCUUUCAUAAGAUCAUCACCAGUGGACACCAGCGCCUGCAGCCUCUUUUUGAUUGCCUGUUGACAAUUGUGGUCAAUGUGUCUCCCUAUCUUAAGAGCUUGUCAAUGGUUGCUGCAAACAAGCUUCUUCACCUACUGGAGGCCUUCUCCACACCCUGGUUCCUCUUCUCUGCCUCCCAGAACCACCACUUGGUCUUCUUCCUGCUGGAGGUCUUCAAUAACAUCAUUCAGUACCAGUUUGAUGGCAACUGUAACCUGGUGUACGCCAUCAUCCGCAAGCGAAACGUCUUUCACCAGCUGGCCAACCUUCCCUCUGACACCUCGUCCAUCCAGAAGGCCCUCCAGCGGAAGAAGAAGUCCCCCGACGCCAUCUCCCGCACCAACUCCCAGGAGGCGGUCUCCAUGGAGGGUUCCCGGCCAGCUGUCCCAGCAGAGCCCGGCACCCUCAAGACCAGUUUGAUCGCCACUCCAGGCAUUGACAAACUGACAGAGAAGUCCCAGGUUUCUGAGGACGGCACGAUGGUCUCUGUCCAACAGACAGAUUCUCCUCAGACCCCAUCAGAUAACGGCGGGAUUGCAGGAGCCAGCGACACCGAGUCCAACUCGGGGAGAGACAAUGAGGAUGUCUUCUACACAGAGACGGAAAGGAGGCGUCUGUCCAGCGUGUCCUCAGUGAGUCAGUGGACGCCCACACCAGACUGGGUCCUGUCUUGGAAAACUAAGCUUCCUCUCCAGACCAUCAUGCGCCUCCUACAGGUCCUAGUUCCUCAGGUAGAGAAAAUCUGCAUUGACAAGGGCCUGACGGAUGAAUCGGAGAUCCUGAAAUUUCUCCAGCAUGGGACCUUGGUUGGACUGCUCCCAGUGCCACAUCCCAUCCUCAUCCGCAAGUACCAGGCCAACGCGGGCACAGCCAUGUGGUUCCGCACAUACAUGUGGGGAGUCAUCUAUCUACGUAAUGUGGAUCCCCCGAUCUGGUACGACACCGACGUCAAGCUCUUCGAGAUCCAGAGGGUGUAGAGAGCAGAGCUCGAGAGCCACCAGCAGAGGCAGGACCGUAGUGUGAAUCGCCACCCCUGUGAGCAACACACGGUCCAGCUUCUGAGGGACACCACUCCCCUGCGUCUGAGCUGGUCUGUUUGAGAAAGAAGGCCAGGAAAGCUCGGUCAGCAACUGCUUUUUGCCAGCAGUGCACUGGCUGGAGAGAUGUUAGGCCUGUUUUCCACUGUUGAUUAAGCCAAAAGCUCUUGAUGUUAAGGGGCAUCUCACGUUUUGAGCUGCUGACAGACACAUUUCACUUUGGCCAUUUGACAACUUCUACCUAGUGAAAGGAGUCAGUAAAUAAAAAUAAAGAACAUAGGAAAACACAUGUGAGUAAAGACCCUUCCACUUCAGUGUAAACAUUUGUAAAUGAAGUCUCAGUAAUAAAAGUCACACUAGAAAAGGCACUCAUCCAGCUUUGCAUUGAUGCCUUUAGAAAAACACCAUAAGCAUUGUACAGAAGGGAAAAACACCAGAGUUUUUUCUUUGUCAGCCUGAAUUGUUAGGCAGAGUUAUCCCAUACCACACUGUGGGCUGGAGCAUGUGUCAGUUUCCUGAGUGAUCUUUCUGCAGGGAUAAGUUCGAAACUGCAUUCAAACCACACCUUUCAUCGUGGAGAAAAUAUUUCUAUAUCAAAUUGUAAAAACCUAGUGAUAAAGGUUUCCUAACUCUCUGGUCUUGAAUGAAAAAUGUCAUAUAUUGAAUUCCUGCAAGUCUAGUUGUGUGAGACAAACUCUGUUGUGAAUAGUGAUGUCAUGGCUUAUGUAAUUAAACAUAUCUUCACAGGCAAUCAAUCGCUGACAUGAAAAGAAUGUUUAUCCACCACAUGGAAACAGGUGGUAUAUAUGAUCCAUUAGUACUUCUGAUUGGCCAAUCGCUUGGUAUUAAUGAACUCCUGGAAGCUCUUGUCGCUUUAAUACACUGUCACUGCUUUCAGCAUCUUAAAAUGAGCACACCAUUGAUGCACAAUCCAGACAGGGUAGUGGAAUACUUUGCUUUCUCUGAAUUUAGGAAUACCACAAAAGACUGAGAAGCUAAUAUUUCUUAAAAACUUGUUGCCCCUAUAUUUAAGUAUUCUGGCCGUAAUCUGUAUAGGUCUGUGCUGUAACUGCCAUUUCUCUGACAAGUGCGCGACUGACAGAGCCAUGUGCUCAGUCUCCUGUUUUUAAGCCAUCACGAUCUCAUCUGAUCUAGGAUCAGAGAUGUGCAUGCAGAAAAUAUUUGGAACUUCACGUGAUCACUUCCAGUUUGAGGUGUAAGUGCACUCGCACAAGGAGGCACUCUAAGUGAUCCAUUUCUCUUGUUUUGCAUUUAAUCCAAAAUUGGAUCUCCAUGUUGGUUUUCUGCUGCAAAAUUGAGCUGUGGUGCUGGUGCAAUUCAACAUCAAACUUGUGUGGCCCUGCCUCAGCUUUUGUAGCUUCAGGUUUAAGUUUUUGCUUCUUUAUGCUUUCCAUGUCGUACUUUUAUGGUGACUUACAGAAUACUGAGAAAUGCGUGUUGUGGUCACGCGAAAAUGUUAAUUGGCCAGCACAGUUUACGGACAAUCAGAAUGUAAAAUUUGGAGAGUUAAAUCUGUUUUGCUGCCACAAUAUCAUAUUCUUUUCAUUACAUUUGUGUUUUCAGUGUAAUAAAAAAACGCAAAGUCAGUAAAAGAGGUAAAAAAUGAAAGCAAGAAAUAAUGGACCUGUUAUAUGGUCUUAAUAUUCACUAUAUAUUUUGUUUUGGUAUAAAAAGCUAUAAAGGGACAUCUUUUGAAAUAUUCCUGGACUUCAGCUGGAAUGUAUUUAUUGUUCUGAAACACUGUUGAACUAGUCCGCUUCAGUUGUGUUGCUGCUGUAGUGGUCUUUGUGUUGAUGAUGCCAAUGUAUUUGUUCUUCACAAACAACAAGGAAAUGAUGAGUUGUAUGAAGGAGUAUUUUUUUUUUCCUUAAAGAUCUGUAGAGUCUAUUAUAAAUUAUUUAUAAAGGAAAUGUUAAACCAA